AUGCCGACUAUGGCGUCGCCGCCGGCAUCGUGCCUCGCCCAGCUGCUGGUGCUCGUCAUCUGCUUCGCCGCCGCCGCCGCGGACAAUGAGGAUUCCAGCCUGAAGAACCAGACGUUUCGGGAGGCGCCGCAGUUCUACAACUCGCCGAGCUGUCCGGCGGCGCUGAGGCCGUCGGCGGCGGCGUCCUGCUCCCCCGACGCGCUGGUUCACGUGGCGAUGACCUUGGACGUGGUCUACCUGCGGGGGUCCAUGGCGGCGAUCCUCUCCGUGCUCCGCCACACCGCCUGCCCCCAGUCGGUGCAGUUCCACUUCGUCGCCUCCUCCGCCGUUGACUACCUCAACGCCACCAUCGCCUCCUCCUUUCCCUACCUCUCGUACAGAAUAUACCCCUUCGACGGCUCCCGCGUCGCCGGAUUCAUCUCCACCUCCAUCCGCGCCGCCCUAGACAGCCCCCUCAACUACGCCCGCUCCUACCUCGACCGCCUCCUCCCCACCGACGGCGAUGGCUGCCCUCGGAGGGUCGUCUACCUCGACUCCGACGUUAUUCUGGUGGACGACAUCCUCACUCUCGCCGCCACGCGGCUGCCGGAGACCGACACAGUGCUGGCGGCGCCCGAGUACUGCAACGCCAACCUCACGGCCUACUUCACCCCUUCCUUCUGGUCGAACCCGGUCCUCUCUAUGACGUUCUCGCAAGGGCGACACCGACAGCCCUGCUACUUCAACACGGGAGUCAUGGUGAUCGACCUCGACAGGUGGCGGGCGGGGGACUACACGGAGCGGAUUGAGGAGUGGAUGGAGCUCCAAAAGCGGAUGCGCAUCUACGAGCUGGGCUCGCUGCCGCCAUUCCUGCUCGUUUUCGCCGGGAGGAUCGCCGCCGUUGACCACCGGUGGAACCAGCACGGCCUCGGAGGGGACAAUUACAGCGGCCUGUGCCGGGAACUUCACCCGGGUCCGGUGAGCUUGCUGCACUGGAGCGGCAAGGGGAAGCCGUGGGCGCGGCUCGACGCAGGCCGGCCAUGCCCGCUCGACGUCCUCUGGGCCCCCUACGACCUGCUGCAGACGCCCUGCGCCUUCGAGGACUCGUGA